UAUUUAUAAUUUAAAAUGUUCUGUGCGUUAUAAAUCUACUCAAUAAGUGUAUCAUAUCCCAGUAAUUGCUAUUGUCCAGGUUUUUAUGAAUUUUUAAAAAGGCUAUAUUAAGUCAGAGAGACACAAAUGGUUAUGUACUUUCAAACGUAGGCCUGUAAGUAAAUUUUUUAAAAAUGUAAUGCUGUGUGUAAUGUUCCUUAGCUAGGUGACCAACUGCAAGGAACAAGAGUAUUUGCUACUUUUUAAACAAACACUAUUCUAAAACGUUUCAACACAAGAACACAAAUUUAGGAAAAUGUGAUCUUAUUGGUUUUUAACAGAUGCGAAACAGCGCCCCUCGCGGCCUCGCGCCGUCACAGACGAAAGCGCGACGCAGUACAGAGUGGGAGGAACAACAUCCCGAGACAAGCCAAAGGACGGAGCAUUAUUUUUAGCUUCGAUAGGCAGGAUGAGCGGACGGGUCGGCGACCUCAGCCCGAAGCAAGCUGAAGCCUUGGCGCAGUUUCGAGAGAGACUUCAGGACGUGCUUCCCCUCUUGCCCUCUCAGAAUGACCAAUACCUGCUUCGUUGGCUCAGAGCCAGGAACUUCAAUUUGGCGAAAGCUGAAGCAAUGCUUCGCAAGCAUCUGGAGUUCCGAAAACAUGUGAAAGCCGACACGAUAACCACCGACUGGAAGCUGCCGGAGGUGAUCGAGAAGCACCUCUCCGGGGGCAUGUGCGGUUACGACCGAGAGGGCAGCCCCAUUUGGUACGACGUGAUUGGCCCGGUCGACCCCAAGGGGCUCAUGCUGUCCGCCUCCAAGCAGGACUUCGUCAAGUCCAAGGUUCGAGACUGCGAGAUGCUGCAGAAGGAGUGCGACCGUCAGUCUGAGAAGUUGGGGAAGAAUGUAGAGUCCAUCACCAUGAUCUAUGACUUGGAGGGACUUGGGAUGAAGCACUUGUAUAAGCCUGCCAUCGAGACUUACGGAGAGGUACUUACCAUGUUUGAGGAAAACUAUCCAGAGGGACUGAAGAGACUGUUUGUCAUUAAAGCUCCCAAACUCUUCCCCGUGGCCUACAAUCUUGUCAAGCACUUCCUGAGCGAGGUCACCCGCCACAAGAUCAACGUCCUGGGAGCCAACUGGCAGGAGGUGCUGCAGAAGUACAUCGAGCCGGAGCAGUUGCCGGCGAUCUAUGGCGGUACCCUCACGGACCCGGACGGCGACCCUCGCUGCAAGACCAGGAUACAGUACGGAGGCGUGGUUCCCAGGUCCUACUACGUGCGGGACACCAUCACGGCGCAGUACGACCAGUGCAUCUCCGUCAAGCCAGGCUCCUCCCACCAGCUGGAGUACGAGAUCCUCUUCCCCGGCUGCGUGCUGCGGUGGCAGUUCGAGAGCAGCGGGGCCGACAUAGGCUUCGGCGUCUUCAUGAAGAAGAAGAUGGGGGAGAGGAAGAGGGCGGGGGAGAUGAGGGGGGUGCUGCUGAGCGAGCGGUACAAUUCCCACCUGGUGCCAGAAGAGAACUCCAUCACCUGCGUGGACCCGGGCGUCUACGUGCUGCGAUUCGACAACACCUACAGCGUGUUCCAGUCUAAAAGGAUCAGCCUAUCGGUGGAGGUGCUCCUGCCCGACAGCCUAUUGCAGUCGCCCAGCAGGGGAGGGGACUUCCCUAAGCCCGCCCUUGGAGCGGUGGGCCAAUAGCAAUAGGUGGGAGAGGAUCACAUGCUGCUCCCACGAGCGUUGUGAUUGGGCGGCGCCAUCUCCCAGCUGUGUGAAGGUGGGUCUCGCCCCGAAGCCCCCUCAUUCCGGAUGCCGGCUCCCCAAAAGCCUACGGCACAGAGGUACUAAGAACCUUUUUAAAUGCUGCUCACGAACAAUGGAGGAACGACCAGACAGGAAGGCCAAUUGUACGCAGAGCAUAGACUCUUUUUAUUAAUUGUGGCCUCCUGUAUCAACCACUUAGUAGUUUACUUGAAGGUUUGUAGAGUGCAGAAAAACUACUUGGAAUUGAUUGUUCACAUCAGAUUGCGCUUUUUCCAAAUGAGUAUUUAUUUUAGUAAGUCCACAGAUGCUCACUCUGAUUAUGAAUCUAUUUAUUCUUGUACAUGGCAUCUGCCUGCAGUAUUAAGUGGUGAAAGAUGUCUUGUCACGUUAGAGUGACUUUUACAUCAGGAAGUGUUCUGUUCAACACUGUAUUAUUAGUGAACACAUCACGUUCUGUUUUAUUCCAUCACUCCAUGCAGUGCCAGUGCCCACCCCCCCUCACACACACGCACACUCACACACACAGACUCACACACACACACACUCACACUCACACACACACACACACACGCACACUCACACACACACACACACAGACACACACACAGACACUCACACUCACACUCACACACACACACAUACACACACGCACACUCACACACACACACGCACACUCACACACACACACACACACACUCACACACACACACACACACAGACACUCACACACACAUACUCACACACACACACUCACACUCACACACACACACACACACACUCACACACACACACACACACACACACACAGACACUCACACACACAUACUCACACACACACACUCACACACACACACACACACACACACACACACUCACACACACACACUCACACACACACACACACACACAGACACUCACACACACACACACACACACACACACACACUCACACUCACACACACACACAGACACUCACACACUCACACACACAGACAACAACAGAAUUUUAAACUUGAAAGCAUACGGACACAACUUCCUGUUUUUUUUCCUUGUGGGUUAUAUCAAAGAAUGUAUUAUAUUCCAUUUGUAUUAUAUCUGUACCAUCCUUGCCUCCCUGUCAGUACUGCACUUUUUCUCACUGAGGUUUACAGAAGUGAUUCACGGUGAACUAUUCCAAAGUGUGUUAUUUGUUAGAUUUGUUUUUUUUUUUUCAAUAUUACACACUCAGUAAAAGGGUUCUUUUUGAGUUUUCAUUGUAAUGGUUGGCUGUCCGUGCCAGUAUUCCAGACAGCCCUUUAGACCAGUUGUGUAAUAUUUACAAUGGAAGCUCUUUACUCCAGAAUGUCUUCCUGUGCUGAGUGGACAUAUUGCUUUUUUUUUUCCAAAAACAAGAGCACUGCAUCCCUGUGCUUUCAAAACCUUUGCACUUCCACGGGAAUCAGUGUCCAACAGUAACAUUCCAUCACCCUGUGUAAUUGUGCUUGGUGUACUAAAUGCGUUGUUGUAGCAACACAUCUCAAGACUUAUAACUACAUUAAUGUCUGAAUGUUCUGGUGUAUGUGCCUUGGUGAUUUCUCUGUCUGAAACACAUGAAUCGUUUUUGAAUGUACAUUUAACUUUCCGGUUAACCUUUUGAAUCGGUGUAUAUAUAAACAUUUUUAAAUAUAGUAUACUGCAGAACUUCUGAGAUAUGAGUGCAGUGGGAAUGAAGGUUAUUCAGAAAACCAUAAAUGUUCUUAACUUGAAAUUGAACCAGUUUUAGGAAUUCCUAUUACUUUCUUGGUUGAAAGUAUAUACUUGUUUUACUGUAGCCUACCAUAACAUUAUUGUCUUUGUGUUGAAUCUUGGUGAUACACUUGGAUCAGUUUGCACUCCAAAAACAACUCAAGGCAACACAUUAAUCGUGAAUGCUUCAUACUGCAGCUUUUGCUGACAGGCUCAUUCAGUGUGGGCAGAAUCCUUUAGUGCAGCGAUACUCAAAUCUGCCCCUAGAGGUCAGUAGUGCUGCUGGUUUUAAAUUCCUCUAAUCAGGGACUGAUUUAAACCUGGGACACACCAGGUGAGUUCAACCUCUGGCCAAUCAGUGGCGUUAAUCAAUCAAUCAAUCAAUUAACUAUCAGGUAAGAAAGAAAACCUGCGGGUGCGUCCCAUUUUCACUCCUUCCCUCCUUUCAAGUGACAAAUGGAGGAAAAGAGAGAACGAGGAAGCGUGAAGAAAAUUAAGACGGCUGGAACUGCAACAGUUGAAAUCUAAUUUGUCGGUAAUAAAUAGGCUACGUCCUUUGGAAACGGUCGGUUGAAUAAAUUCCUUCAUGUAUAUUUAUGUUCUGAAAUGCUGGUAGCUGCCAUGCUUGUUUAUGUGUAGAGUCAUGUUUGUUUAAGCAGCGUUCGUGUACAGGCAAAUAAAUAAUCCUGCUUCCGCGUCUUAGAUUGCCAGAUUUGUCUGUUGGAUAUGAGCCACAAAAAACGAACUGAAAUUUUGUUAUUUGUUGUAGGCGAUCUAGCUUUCGGGUAGGAUGCUGUGUGUGAUAACCUACUGAACCAUAAACAUUUGGCGAAAUAUCUAGCGUAGUUGGGGAAAUUCACAUUCUCUGCCAUCUCCGCUUUUCUAAAGAUUAAAUGUCAGAUUCCGAUUGGAUGGUCUUUCAAUCCCUGUGGGCGUGAGCAUGAUGAUGUCACCAAAAAACGUGAAACGACUUCCACGGCAGCGUGCAUCGAUGUAUCCUUCACCGGGAGGAGGGGGGGAGCCGAGUCUGAAGCCGCUUCGCACGUCUCCUCCAAUACUGGGACCCCAGAGGGAGGGAGGACACAAAGAUUUGUUUUCGGGGCGUGGGACGCACCCCAGCAGCACUACUGGUCCCGAGGGCCAGAUUUGAGUAGCCCUGCUUUAUUGCCUGGUGUUCUGGAGUACAGAAACCCUCAUUAUGUCUGUUUUUUUUGUUUUUUUUGCUUUAAAAUGCAUAUUUUUUUGUGUGUGAAGUUAUGAAAAGGACUUUAAUUUGAUGUUGUACAUUUUGAAUCACUCAUUUGUGUAUGUAUGUAGGACGGAGUGUAGCACAGUGGGUAAGGAACUGGGCCUGUAACCGAAAGGUCGCAGGUUCGAUUCCCGGGUAGGACACUGCCGUUGUACCCUUGAGCAAGGUACUUAACCUGCAUUGCUUCAGUAUAUAUCCAGCUGUAUAAAUGGAUACAAUGUAAAAUGCUAUGUAGAAGUUGUGUAAGUCGCUCUGGAUAAGAGCGUCUGCUAAAUGCCUGUAAUGUAAUGUAAUGUAUUGUCUGGGGCACCCAGUCUUGCAGGGCUGUGCUGUCUGUAGUGUCUGUCAGUGCGCUACAGAAGCAGUUACUCAUCUCGAGCUUGGUUCACGCUUGGCGACCGUUCCGGUCGUUGAGGUCUGAGGCAGAAUUACCGUCCGAUCUUGACGAUCGGUCUUGCCUUCACCGUCGUUGUGGUGCACACACAAGGUGGCUGGGACCUUGAGGAUUUGGCACAAGAGGAUUUACUGGCUCGAUUCUUAAUGUCUGGUCUCUGACUUUGCAGGAACUCAUGAGAUCAUCACAGGCGAGUGGUGGUUGUUAUUGAAGCGAGUUCUCUUUCUGCCGGUCCUCUUCGUCAUCCUCUUGAGCUUAAAUCCCAUUGGCUGUUUGCCAGGGCUGGUCUCGGAUUUCGGUCUGUGACCCAGUUCACACUGCGUGACUCAGUCUUUGAGUCAAGCGACAGAAUCAAACUUGUUUGAAAACUCUGGCCUAACCCAACUGAUCUCGAGUCGGCAAAAUCUGAAUCCUUAAUCCCUUUUACAUUAGAGGGUAAUUAGGCCCAACCCUCAGCUCCACUGCAGUCAAGCUGAAAGUUGAGGUGCUGUUAUCGCCAAGUGUGAACCAAGCUUAAGCUGUUGAUUGGCUGAGGAGUCCACACUCCGUGUUCUCAUUGGCUGUUGAUGGAAAGGAAACAACAAAAGCCCAAAUAACACGGCAGCCAUCAAGGACUUUACUUUGACACCUCUGGUCUAGCUGACAGACGUCAGUGGGGCAUUCUGGGCACCAGGAAGAUGCCAGUUUAAGAACACGCAAUGUGUGGGUAGUUGACAGUUGAUCCUGUCAUCUGCAAAAUUAAAUUUAAGAUUGAACAUGAGACUCUGGCAUGUUUUCUGGUGCUUUGAAUCCCACGGUUGCUUUUAUCAUUCGCAGGUAGAGCCGGUGUAAAAAUACUGGCACUAUGUGGUAACAGAAAGAAGUCAAAUCCAAGUGUUAAGUGCAUCAUUGAACGUUUAGUCAUUGUUUCUCUUGCGAUUUUUGUAAUUGCCUGAUUGGUUAUUAUUUGAAGGCACAAGUCUAUUAACGUAACCGCAUGUCGUUAAACUGAUACUUGAACGUUCGAGCGGGUGGGGCAGACAGAAGACUGUUCUUGAAUUACGGGUCAUAAUGAGGACCAGGAAAAAAAACAAAAUGAAAGCUUUGUGUCUGGAGCUUCUUCCAGUCACUGAAUAAACAUGAAAACACUG